AUGGGCUUAGUUGCGAAUACCUAUCUCAGCUCUCUGCGACACCGCGUUCGGAUUCACAGACCUACUUCUACUUCGAGGCGACGCGGUGAAAAACUCUUCAUUUCCUUUGCUAGGACCCUCGACCAGUCUACCUCGGAAAGUGACGCUGACGACGACGUGGACUGGAUUUUCGGUAGCUAUGUAUCUCAUGCUCGGGCUGAUGGACAUGACUCCAUUGAAACGACGGUAUUGAAACGCAGACGUCUAUCAUCCUUCAGCGACCUCCAAGGCCCACCCAAGUACUCCAGAUCAACCGAGUCUCAGUCUACGUAUAACGCCUCUACGAAAUUCGAUAUCACUCACAACAGGGAACCUCUCACGUAUUUUGUUGCCUCCUCUCCUGCUAGAAAACUUGAACCUGAAUCCCAUCCGAAAACUUUGACCCAACGCGACUUGGAUAAGCUCAUCAAGGAUCUGGACGCCGUUAUACCUGGGAUUCGAUUAUCCGAACGAUUGAAGAACGUCAAGGACGCUUCACAGCAAGCUAUCACGGAUUUUCUUUCAGAGCAUGUUAUUUCCUCACUACUGCGCAUACAUCUCACUUUAUUUGAUCGCACCCCCAACACUUUCCUCUCCCUAACCGAACUUUCAUUCAGCGGAACACGCGUACACGAUUUCGACCUCAUCCAUAUCCACCACCUCCCCAAGCUUUCCAUUCUCUUCCUGAAUAAUACAGGGAUAGGAAACGAGGCGGUAUACCUCCUCAUCCCACUCAAACGCACCCUAACCCAACUAACACUCGCCACCAACCCCGACAUCGACAGCACCUCCGUCCCCGCCAUCCUCCUCCUCUCCAAACUGUGUUACCUCUCCAUCGCAGAUACGAGCAUCGACAUGAACGGGUUGAGGACGUUGGCGAAGAGGGUCGAUGAGGAGGGUGAGGAAGUUGGUUUUGAUGGUAUCCAAUAUGAGCCGCUCUUCCCCAUCCACGUCGAUCGUCCUUCUUCGUUCCGACAGGACUCCUUCCCAUCACACUCGCACCACCCGACGUUGACCUCGCAGAAGCGUGUAUACUGUCCGGUGCCAAAGGGAACCGAAGGCCAAUCCCUCCAUGACCAGCUGCCACGGACGGGUUGGGCCAAAGAAGAAAUUGCCGCCAUUGCUGGUGGUGUAUAUGCCUACAAGAAACGCGAGGAGCAUAAUGAAUAG